GCAAUGUCUGUAACACUGAAUGACUGAAUGACUGACAAAAUGCCUGCACUUCUGCUCAUUCGCUGCAAUCUCUCUAUUAUUUCAAUACGUUUUACGCUUUCUAUGCAUUAGUCAUACAGUGAGAGAGAGUUGCAGUGAAUGUGAGGUCACGUGACGUACGGUUUGUUGUCAAACAUUGUCUGUGAGAGCGCUUCACUUGAAUGUCACGCAAAGACAUUGAGACCUAUUGUCUGAGCCACCAAUCAGUGCACUCGCAUUCAGCCCUCACUGCCAACACUCACUGCAAACACAUGUCUUCAUCGCAUUCAACACAAUUGUCGUCAUAAUUAGUGGUCAAAAGAGACAAUCAUAUGAUAGCACACCUCAUGAGAGACCUCUUGCAGACUCUUUUGCUAAACGAGUGACUCAUACGUAACAUAUGAUCACUGAUUGCAUACUUCAUCUCAACUAUCACUCACUUGAUCACCGCUAAGAUGUCCACAUCUAUAAGCCUGGGAACAGACCUCAAAGACUACGUUAGCUCAAGAAAUGGCGACAAGUCUUCGUUGACCACAAAUGUCAAGAACCUGUUCAACACAAACAAGGCUAAGGAGUGGUUCUAUCAGCCGCUCAGCACUGAAGACAUUGCCGCCGAUGGGCACCAACUGGACUCCGGCAGUGAUAACAGAACCCCUUCUUCUUCUAAGAGUUGGUUCUCUUCAUUCUCGUUGUCAUCCAAUACUCAAAACGAGUCCAACGACUGCUUACCAUCUCUUACGCGAACUCAACGUAUCAUUGGUUUCAUAGUGUUUGUAAUAAUGGGUUUGUUGUGCUUUACUUUGCACACAUUUCACUCUUUUUUCACAUUUCAGUCGAGUUUUUAUAUUCCGGUUCUUGUAUUCAAAGCCCGAAAGUUCGCCCUUUUGUUCACAUUUGGCUCUCUGUUCAUAGUUUCCAGUUUCUCAGUCUUGUGGGGACCCGUCAGUCACAUGAAGCACCUCUUCUCACAACAGAGGCUUCCCUUUACUCUCACAUACUUUGGCUCAUUAUUCACGACUCUAUACUUCGCACUAAAGGUGCAAAGCACUCCACUGACCGCUAUAUUCGCGUUCAUUCAAGUGAUAGCAUUGCUCUGGUAUGUCAUCAGUUACCUGCCCGGCGGACAAACAGGUCUCAUGUUCUUCACCAAAAUGGCGGCAAAGAGUUUACCCGUUUAGACACCACUGGACCCAUGAUUACCACCCGUUUAGACACCACUCGACCCAUGAUUACCACAGAAUAACUCAAUUGUUAACUAAUUUAUUGCAAACUCUAAUAUAUUUUGUGUACAUUUAAUGUCAUAUAAACCCUAUUUGUCAC